AUGUACGAGGUGAUGUCCGGCGACACCCUGUCCUGGAAGGCGCCCAGCCCGAGACAGAGCUCCAGCGAGCGGGGAGCCGACUCGCGCUCUUCUUCGGCCGGCGACGGCGGACCUAUCAAGAUCCUCAAGGUGUGCUUCUGCACCAACAAUAAUCUGGGCAAGAACUUUAAGUUGGUCAAGUGUGACAGCUCCUGGCAAAUCAGGGCGAUUAUCCGCUCCAUCCUAAUCAGCGGUCGCCUGGGUCCCAACGUCGAGCACUCGGGAUGCUUCGGCCUCCUUCUCAAGCACCUCAAAUCCGACGAGCUCCAUUGGCUGCACCCCGAGCUGACCGUCGGGGAGGUGGAACAGCGCUACGAGAGCCACCACGUGGAGGCCGAGUGGAGGUAUGACCUGCGCAUCCGAUACAUCCCCGUCAAUUUCUUGGAGAAGUUCAAGGAUGACCGAUCCACGUUAGUGUACUUUUACCAACAGGUACGCAGUGAUUAUAUGCAGUAUCAUGCUAGCAAAGUUAGCGAAGGCAUGGCGUUACAGCUCGGUUGUUUGGAGCUCAGGAGGUUCUAUAAGGACAUGAACGCAAAAGGACUUGAGAAAAAGUCCAACUUUGAGCUACUCGAAAAAGAAGUCGGCUUGCAUCUUUUCUUCCCUCCAGAACUGAUUAACAGCAUGAAGUCCAAACAGCUGCGUAAGCUGAUCCAGCAAACGUUCCAGCAGUUCGCCACGCUCAAGGAGGACGACUGCAUGGUGAAAUUUUUCGAGACGCUCAAGGAAUUCGCCAGUUACGACGAGGAGGUUUUCCCCUGCGAGCUGGUGCAAGGUUGGAGUUUGGCCGUGGAGCUGGUUAUCGGCGGAAGAGGAAUCAGGCAGCGCACACAGAAAAAUGCAGCGCCGGUCUUUCUAGCAGACUUCAAGCAAAUCAAAAAAGUGCAAUGUUUGCCUCUGGGUGACGGCAAGGCUCUCAUAAAUCUGGACGUAGAAGGUGCCAGACAACGUCUGUCCAUUAACGUGGCCUCAGUGACGACGGCUGAGAACAUGAUGGAUCUUAUCGAUGGUUAUUGGCGCUUGGAGAACAACUCUGAUGAGUCUAUUAUCUACAGACAAAAUCAUGAUUCCAGCACACGAAGUUCCCUCCCCGAGAUUCCGACAGGAAGAGACACCAGCUCUCUCCGACACAGUAUGGGUUCUGAUAUCUAUUGUGAGAUUCUGGACGAAAGGCCCAGAUCAGUCGUCAAGUACGGCAUCGACCGCGGCGACAUCACGCUUGGGCGAAUCCUCGGCGAAGGCUUCUUCGGCGAAGUCUACGACGGUGUUUACGCCUCAACGAACGGUGAGCAGGUGAAAGUGGCCGUCAAGACGUGCAAGGACUGCUCGUCUGAUGUCAUGGAAAAGUUCAUGAGCGAAGCGGUAAUCAUGAAGAACCUGGAGCACCCUCACAUCGUCAAGCUCAUCGGAAUCAUCGAGGAAAACCCUGUUUGGAUCGUCAUGGAGCUUUACGAGUACGGAGAGCUCGGCAACUACCUGACUCAGAACCAGAACAAGUUGACCAACAUGACUUUGGUGCUGUUCAGUCUGCAAAUCUGCAAAGCGCUCGUCUACUUGGAAGGCGUCAACAUGGUCCACAGAGAUAUCGCUGUCCGGAACGUGUUGGUGGCCAGUCCCGAGUGCGUCAAGCUGGGAGAUUUCGGACUUUCCAGGUACAUUGAGGAUGAAGAGUACUACAAAGCAUCUGUGACUCGAUUGCCCAUCAAAUGGAUGGCGCCGGAAUCCAUCAACUUCCGACGUUUCACCUCAGCUAGCGACGUCUGGAUGUUCGCCGUUUGCGUAUGGGAGAUCAUGAGCCGAGGCCAGCAGCCGUUCUUCUGGCUGGAGAACCGUGAUGUGAUCAACCAGCUGGAGCAAGGCAUCAGGCUGCCCAAGCCCGAUAACUGCCCGCCGGCACUCUACUCCCUCAUGACGCGAUGCUGGUCCUACGAUCCCAGAGAGAGGCCCAAUUUCACCGAGCUGGUGGUCAAGAUCAAUGACGUUCACAAAAUGGAGAAGGAACAAGAAGCGGAACGCGAGCGGGACCGAGCGCGCUCCACCAAAUACUUCGACACAAAGUUCAGCUUUUCCGAACCGCCCCCUAAGCCUUCAAGAAAGAAACCGGGCCGAUUUGGAAACACGCUAAGCAUCGGUUUGCACAUUCAGUUGAACGAAGCUUUGUGCGCUAGCUCACCGGACUUAGCUAGCCCGUGCGACUACCAAUCGCCCGUGGAUUCCGUAAACUCCAUGAAAACUCUACCGCUCCCCCUUAGGUCCCCACGGCGUCGCAGCAUGGGGGAGAACGAGUUCCCCAGAUCGGAGCCCAACAGCCGCGAGGACGCCCAGCGUCUAUGGCAGAUGGAGCGGCAGAAAAUGCACGACACGUUACGGCGCCAGAAGGCGCAGAUGGCGGCUGACGAAAAGUGGCUGGAGAAGGAGGAGCGACUCCUGGUGGGCAAAAAGCCGCCAGGCCCUGGCCCAACUAGCCCACCAGUGAAGCCUCCUCGACUCACAGCACAGCCGGCGCGCACGGCCGAGCUCGACCGUUCCGACGACCAAGUUUACAAGUGCGUGAUGAACGUGGUCAAAGUGGUAGUGAAGCUCAAGAAUGACAUCGUUGACAUUCCGCCUGAGCAGUACGUCACCGUCGUGCAGUCGGUGGGAAUGGCCUUGCGAGAUUUAAUACGCAGCGUGGACGACAUACUACCCACAUUGCACGAGUCUGUGCACACUGAGAUCGAAGGCACGCAGAAGCUGCUGAACAACGACAUGGCGGAGCUAAUCAGCAAGAUGCGUCUGGCGCAGCAGAACGCCAUCACGUCAUUGCGGGACGAAUGCCGCAAGCAGAUGCUGGCGGCCGCCCACAGCCUGGCCGUAGACAGCAAGAACAUGCUGGACGCCGUCGACCAGGCCCGCGUACGCGCCAACCUGGCCAAGCCCGUCCAGCCCUGA